UGCGCCUCCGCGUUUCCGGCUACUGGCGUGUCCGCGUGAUUUUGAGCAAGUGCUUCAGAGAGAUCCGCUUGUAGGGAGCUGGCGAGGUCUGGGGAGUCGUCCUGGGAAUCCGGGUGCCUCGGCGGACCCUCGGGGCCCCGCGGAGACGUAAGGCAGUCGUUGCAGUUAUUCUGAAAUUGGUUUCAGAUUAUUGACCCUGGGCAUCAGUGCAGUUAUAUGGAACCAUGGCUGGGUAUAAACCUGUAGCAAUUCAGACGUAUCCUGUACUUGGUGAGAAAAUCACCCAAGACACCCUGUACUGGAACAACUAUAAGACCCCUGUUCAGAUUAAGGAAUUUGGUGCAGUGUCCAAAGUAGACUUUUCUCCUCAGCCUCCAUAUAACUACGCCGUCACAGCUUCUUCAAGAAUUCACAUUUAUGGCCGGUACUCUCAAGAACCUGUAAAAACCUUUUCCCGUUUUAAGGACACAGCCUACUGUGCUACUUUUCGACAGGAUGGUCAAUUGCUUGUCGCUGGCAGUGAAGAUGGUGUAGUUCAACUUUUUGACAUAAGUGGGAGGGCGCCCCUCAGGCAGUUUGAAGGGCACACAAAAGCAGUUCAUACAGUAGAUUUUACAGCAGACAGAUAUCAUGUGGUCUCUGGAGCUGAUGAUUAUACAGUUAAAUUAUGGGAUAUUCCAAACUCCAAGGAAAUUCUGACGUUCAAAGAACAUUCUGAUUAUGUGAGGUGUGGCUGUGCUAGCAAACUAAACCCAGACCUUUUUGUAACAGGGUCCUAUGAUCACACUGUGAGGAUGUUUGACGCCCGGACGAGUAAAAGCGUGCUCUGCGUGGAGCAUGGGCAGCCUGUGGAGAGCGCCCUGCUUUUCCCCUCCGGAGGGCUCCUAGUGUCUGCAGGAGGCCGUUACGUUAAAGUCUGGGACAUGCUAAAAGGAGGACAGUUGCUUGUGUCUUUGAAAAAUCAUCACAAAACUGUGACAUGUUUGUGUCUGAGCAGCUCUGGACAGAGGUUACUCUCCGGCUCACUGGAUAGAAAAGUUAAAGUCUACAGCACCACUUCCUAUAAAGUCGUCCACAGCUUUGACUACGCAGCUUCAAUCUUGAGUCUGGCACUUUCUCAUGAAGAUGAGACAAUAGUUGUAGGAAUGACCAAUGGAAUACUGAGCGUCAAACACCGGAAAUCUGAAGCAAAGAAGGAGUCUCUUACAAGGAGAAGAAAGCCUGCAUAUAGAACCUUUAUUAAAGGAAAAUUUUACAUGAAGCAACGGGACGACAUUAUGAUCAAUAGGCCAGCAAAGAAACACCUAGAAUGGUAUGACAGGGAUCUGAAAAGUUUUCGGAUCUCAAAGGCACUUGACAGAGUCCUUGAGCCUAGCUGUGUGAUAAAGACACCAGAGGUCACAGUUUCUAUCAUAAAGGAACUGAGUCGGAGAGGCGUCCUCGCCAACGCUCUUGCAGGUCGGGAUGAGAAGGAGAUUACCCGGGUCCUUAACUUUUUGAUAAGGAACCUGUCUCAGCCAAGAUUUGCCCCUGUUUUGAUCAAUGCUGCUGAAAUAAUCAUUGAUAUAUAUCUGCCAGUGAUUGGCCAGUCAUCAGUAGUUGAUAAAAAGUUUAUAGUACUUCAAGGACUUGUAGAGAAAGAAAUUGAUUACCAAAGAGAACUCCUGGAGACCCUGGGGAUGAUGGACAUGCUGUUUGCUGCCAUGACCAGGAGUGAUGGCACCUCCGUGGCGGAGCACGAGCCUGCCGAACUUCCAGAGAAGACAGUCAGCGGGUCAGCCCCAUGACACAGCAAGAGCUCCUAACGGGGAGUGCUCCACCUUAUUAAUUACUGAGAAGAAAGAGUCUUCAAAACACUCAAAAAGAUAAUUUACAGAAGCUUUAUGGAAGAGACUGGAUUAAUUAGAAUUAGGAAUUAAGUACCUGUUUCAAGACGUGAUUUUCUGUGUAUUGAUUUGUUUUGUGGCAUCUUCAGCUAGAAGAUCCUAGUUGUACUGGUCACAGUGUCUGUCGACCUUGGAUGAGUUGAUACUGACCUUGAUGACCCCUCAGGGCUGUGGGGCCUCUUACGGAGACGAUUCCAAAUGGAGCCAAGUGAACAGAACCUUGGUUAUAUUUUGCUUUCUACUUAUGGCCUGGAAAAUAUCAAGAACAAACAGCAACAACAGAACAUUCUUUGCUGUGCUCAGUGGCCUCGGGAACUGUCUGUCCCUCUUGCUGGUGUCUUUGAAGUCCUGAGUCCCAUGUUCUCAUCAGCUGCUUGUGGGACUGUCUUCCAAGUGUGGCAGAACACUGAGUGUUGCCCCUGGAAGCAUAUUUAGGGUGGGAUAAGUCUGUUUUGUUUCCUACAAAUUGUGCUCUCCACCAGUGUUUUCUUUGGUUUUGCCUGUCUCUGCUAAUCAGAACAAAGCCCGGAGAGAGCUGAGCGGCCCAGCCUCCCCUCCUGUCAGUGUGCUGCCUGUCUUCCAUCUCCACCGUGCUCCUGUUCUGUGACAGGAGCUGGCCUUUCCUCAGUCUGCGUGUGUUUGGAGUGUGUCUUGUGUGUGGCCUCUGUCUUGACUCUCCAUCUGCACUCACUCUUCUUUUUCUCUCUUCACUUUGUGGGUCGGAACCUCAGAGAACCUCAAACCACAGCAAUUUGCUUUACAAUUUGGGUUUCUGGACGUUCACUAUAAAUCAUAUUUUUUUAUAAAGAGAUUCUUUUUCUUGGCUUUCUGAGGUGUGUCAGUUAAUUGGACCAGUGCACCAGUUCCACAGCUGUUACCCCCUGCCUUCCUUCAGUGACCCUCCUAGGUUAUGUGUCUGCUGACCGCAUCUUGAGCUAAAGGAUUCCUUGGGGACAGAUAUUGUAAUGAGAGUCUGCCUCAUAAUCUCAGCUUUAUAAAUUUAGGUUUCCUUAAAGCACAAGGAAGAGGGAUAGGUCCAGAACGUUCUAGUGUGGACACCACUAAGCAAUGGGGCCAGUGUCCUUUAGUGAGCUGAAGUACAAUGGCUUGUGAGAAACCGGAGUUUGUGUCUUUGAGUAGUUACAACACUAGUCAAAAAUGAGAGCCUCUACUUUUAGGUUGAGAAGGUUGAUUUACUUAAAUAAAACUAUUUAAGUAAAUCUUAGGUAUGCAGGGAGGGAGCUUACACCAGCAGUUGUGAUUCUAUUGAAGCUGUAGCUGUUGUCUCCUGUGCCACUCUGGGGCAUUUCCUGGUCCUCAUUUCAUUUAAUUCUUAGCACAGCUAUCCAUCUAACAUUAAUUCUCUUUUAACACUCGACUCCCCAAGCUUGAGUUCCUUAUUCCUGCACUGGGCUGGCCUGCGCAGAGCCCUAGUUAUUCAUUCCCUUAGACUUGAGAAUGCUGCAGCUCCGUGUAAAAUGCAUAGUGAACAAACCCUUACAAGGAUUCGGAAGUCUUUCCUACAGUCCUCAAAAUGUUCGGGAGUUGGUUGGGUUUUGUUUGUUUGUUUGUUUUUUGUUUUUUUGAGACAGGGUUUCUGUGUAGCCAUGGCUGUCCUGGAACUCUCUAUAGACUAGACUGGCCUCACAGAGAUCCACAUGCCUCUGCCUUCUGAGCGCUGGGACUAAAGGUGUGCACCAUCACACCCAGCUCUGGAGUUGUUUUUAUAUUAUUUGGAAGUGUUUACUUGCUUAGUGAAGUGUUUCAAUGUAAUGUUGGCCUCAAAGUCAAAUGCCUAAUCAAUUUUUAGACUUGCGGAUUUUAGUUGGGAAGCAUUUUAUAUUUUACCAUUGAUGCAAAAAUAAUGGAAUGUUGCUGAGAACUUAGUCAUUUAUGUUUAAUUUAUUAUGUUAAUUCAGAUUUCAACAUAGGGGAAGAUUUUCUUGUUUUGAGUCCACUUUUUUAAUGCCUGUGCUAUUAAAUUGCUGAAGGAAUUGAUGUCUAAUGGGACUGUUAGAAACUCCAUUGAUGGAAUCUAAAUGAAUUCUGCCAAAUGUUAAUUAAAGACUCCCUUGAAUAUGGUUAUUAAAAUGAAGUAGUUUUCUCGGUGGAA